AUGGAUGACACUGAGAAUGAUUUCCAGCGGGUGAUCCGCCGUCACUAUCGCGAAAGAAGGGAGCUGCAAGGUCACAUCCAGGCCUUGAAAAGUUCUGUCCCAAAGAGUGACAAGACCAGAAGAAGGCAGUUGCUUGCUGACAUUGCUCGCCUCGAGGCCGAGAUGGAGCAGAGGCACCAGCAAGAGCUGGAGAAAUUUGAAGAUCUUAACCCCAGCUUGGAAUCGAUUACAGCCGACCUCACAAAGAUGAAUCUUGAGAAUCUGCCUCCACGCCCAUCAAAGGCCCAGAAAAGGCGCGAGCGAAGAGCUCACAUGGAGAGACAACACCAGGAGAGGAUGCCUGCGGCCCAGGCCCAACAGCUGGCCACCCACCGCCGUGAGGAAGAAGAGAAGGUCGCUGCCAUUCUGGGGGCCAGAAAUCUGGAGAUGAAGAUCAUCCCUGCCGAUGGCCAUUGUAUGUACCGUGCCAUCCAGGACCAGCUGGUGUACUCGGUGACGGUUGAGAACCUGCGCUAUCGAACGGCCUACUACAUGAGGAAACACGUUGAUGACUUCUUACCUUUCUUCACUGAGCCUGAGGCUGGCAACUUCUACACCCGUGAAGAUUUCCUGAGGUACUGCGAUGACAUCGUGCACAGGGCAUCGUGGGGCGGACAGCUGGAACUGAGAGCCAUGUCGCAUGUCCUGCAGACCCCCAUCGAGGUAGUACAGGCCAACUCACCCAUCAUUGUUAUUGGGGAGGAGUACACCCGGAAGCCACUCACACUGGUCUAUCUGCACUAUGCCUGCGAGUUCGGAGAGCACUACAAUUCAGUGAAGCCCAUCGAGACCCCUGGCGCCACUGGAGGUAUGGCGCCACGCCUGUUCUAG